GAGUAUCUGGGACUAGACUGGUAGUGACUGGUAGAGAGUCUGAGUAUCUGGGACUAGACUGGUAGUGACUGGUAGAGGACUGGAGUGAGAGGAGAACAGUCUAAUUUUGACAACAUAGGAGGGACGCUAGAGAGUAGAAUGAGGAAUCUCAUGUCUGUCAACAUCAGACUUCUCUGUGCUGUGAGCUGUGUGGUGUCAGGAGUGAUCACAAAGAAAGGGACAGAAGGAGGAAAUGCUGGCAUUCAGUGUCUUUAUGCACGAGGGUUUGAGACAUACCAGAAGUACCUCUCAAAAGGGAUCUGGGCCUACCGGGUUGAUGUCAUCAAAACCCAAAGGUAUCAACACCCAACGUGGACUCAUAAAGGGAGAUACUCUCUGUAUGACGACACAGAGAGAAGACUCUUCACUGUGACCAUCACUAACCUGACCCUAGAGGACUCAGGGACCUACUGGUGUGAAAUAAACACAUGGUGGUGGUAUCACAAGACUGAAGUCAGGUUAACUGUGGAGAGAGCUCCUUCUCCUCCCAACCCUGGCUCCGUCACCUCCAGACCUCUCCUCUCCACAACACACCCAUCAACAAACAUCACCAUGGCAACUGACUCCUCAAACUCCACUGCAGGUGAUGUGAUGUUCUCUGGUGUUGGUCUGGGUGUUGUUCUACUACUGCUGGGUCUGCUGCUGUUCAUGUUCUUUAGACAGAGGAGAGACAGAGACAGGAGACCAACAGCAGCCAAACACUCUGCCAGACCGUUGGUUCCUGACUCAAUGACAGACAACCAAGAUCCAGACAUAGGAACCAUCACUAACCCAAUCUACGCCACAGCAACCAAUCAGAACCCAGAUACAGCCUGUGACAUCACCACCAUCUAUGCCACGGCAACCAAUCCUCGUCCAGAUGACAUCUACUCCAACGUUGGUCCGUAACAUAGGUUCAAGACAGUGUGACCUAUGCUACUGUCAACUUCCCCAGAGAUCCAGCCUGUCUCCACUAUGCUACUGUCAACUUCCCCAGAGAUCCAGCCUGUCUCCACUAUAAUACUGUCUCCUUCAGUUCAGACUCUGAUGCUAGUAACCACCCAGACACUCACCCUACAGAUGUAGACACCUCAUAGAUGUACUGCACCAUUAAACACUCUGCUACAUAGUCUGCUACUGUCACUGAUCUGUAUGGCAAAGCAUGAAUUCAUGUUUUCAUUCAUUUGUGUUUUUAAUUCAUUCAU